GUGUUUCCCAGUGCCACCGCCGUCGCCGUGGAGCCCGGGGAGGCGGCGGCGGAGCUGACAGAGGAGAACGCCCGCCGCAACGGGGUCAUGGGGCGCCUGGAGAUCGCCAGGCUGACCGCCGCGGAGUGGGCCGAAGAAGCCGCGGAGGCCGACUUUGACCUCAUAGUCUCGAACCCGCCGUACAUCCCCAGCUCGGAGCUCCCCGGGCUGCAGCCGGAGGUCCGCGACUUCGAGGACGCCGCCGCGCUGGACGGCGGCGAGGACGGCCUCGACGUGGUGCGCCAGGUGCUGCGCUGCGCGCGGCGAGCAGGCGCUCCUGGCGCUCGAGUGUACCUGGAGGUGCACCACACGCACCCGGCCGUGUUCGAGCGCGCCGCGGGCAGCUCCGGGCUCCCAGCGGAGGGAGGUCGCGGGCAGCCCGAGGCCCCUCGUCGGCGACGCCUGUCGCUGUCGGACCUUCCGCGACGCCUUCGGGCAGCCCCGCUUUGUGGAGCUGCAGGUGGAGCGGAGCGCCGACGGGGCGCCGGGGGCGCGCGCACACGUGGCUCCGAGCGGCGCGCCGCUCCCCGGGGCGGGCGAAAAGCU